CUUAACCAAGAAUAAUCAAACAUGAUAAUUAAAAUCAAUUUUAUCCUUUUGUUUGUUUUCUCUCCCACAACUUUCCUGUCUCUGCCAUGCACAUGCUCUCUCUCUUUCUUCUCUCUCUUAUUCUCACUCCAAUGAUUACAGAGGCCAGCCUAAGCAGCCUACCCACUUUCACCAUCUAAAUGUUCCCACAUUAACAUAAACACACGUAAGAUACUUCUCCUUUUGAACUGUAAGAUUCACUCUUUUUUAAUUUCUUAAAUUUUCUUAUCAUUACUUUCUCUUUUUUUGUCAUUUUCUCUUAAACCUUCUUCUUCUUCUUCCUUUUCUCUGAUCAGUAAAAAAAGUCACCGCCUCUCUUUCCUCUUCCCCUAAUUGAUCAAUCAUGCUUCUUCAUUUCUAGUUCUCUUCCUGACUCAUUUCCCUCAUUAGAUCUUCUUCUUCACUAAACCCAUAAUUGGAAAAAGCUUUUUUUGCUUACAUUUCAGUAAAAAAUCAUCACUUUGAUUGAAGAAACACACAUAAAGUUUGUCUUUUUACUUCUCAAUUUGGUUGUUUCCACUCAGUUUCAAUCUUGCUUUCUGAUUCAAAUUCUGGGUUUUCUUCAGAAUUCCCAGAGAAGUUGUUGAAAAUUUUCACUUUUUUGAGUCACAAAAGUUUUAGUCUUUUAGAUGAACAUGGACAAGGAAACAGAGCAAACCCUAAAUUACUUACCUUUGGGUCAGAGCGAUCCCUUUGGCAAUGGCAAUGAUGGAACUAUCGGAGAUUUCCUUGGAAGAUACUGCAACAACCCUCAAGAGAUUUCACCGUUAACUCUACAAUCUUUCUCUCUGAAUUCUCAGAUCUCUGAGAAUUUCCCAAUCUCUGGUGGAAUCCGAUUCCCUCCGUAUCCAGGUCAAUUUGGAUCCGAUCGAGAAUUUGGGGUUCUUGGGUCACAACCAACAACGCAAGAGAGUAACAAAAGCUCGUUGUUGGAUCCAGAUUCAGUUUCGGAUCGAGUUCACACCACGAAAUCUAACUCCAGGAAGAGGAAAUCGAUUCCUAGUGGUAAUGGCAAGGAGUCUCCAGCUUCUUCCUCUCUCACAGCUUCCAAUUCAAAGGUUUCAGGAGAGAAUGGUGGAUCUAAAGGUGGGAAGAGAAGUAAGCAGGAUGAGGCUGGGAGUAGUAAAAACGGAGUAGAGAAGUGCGAUAGUAAAGGCGACAAUAAGGACGAUGCUAAGCCUCCUGAGGCGCCUAAAGAUUAUAUUCAUGUUAGAGCUAGAAGGGGUCAAGCAACUGAUAGCCAUAGUCUUGCCGAAAGAGCAAGACGAGAAAAGAUCAGCGAGAGAAUGACGUUGCUUCAGGAUCUGGUUCCUGGUUGCAACCGGAUUACAGGGAAAGCGGUCAUGCUUGACGAAAUUAUAAAUUAUGUGCAGUCCUUGCAGAGACAAGUUGAGUUCUUGUCCAUGAAGCUGGCUACUGUAAAUCCAAGGAUGGAGUUCAAUGCUAAUGCUGCUUUAUCCACAGAGAUGAUUCAACCUGGGGAGUCGUUAACGCAGUCUCUUUACGCAAUGGCUUGCUCAGAGCAAAGACUUCCAUCAGCAUACUAUUCCCUUGGCAAGAACAUGCCCAGAUUCUCAGACACACAAUUCCCCUCAAACGAUGGAUUUGUUCAAGCUGAGACACCGGGAUUCUGGGAAAAUAAUGACCUGCAAAGCAUUGUUCAAAUGGGUUUUGGAGAUAUCCAGCAACAGAGCAACAACAACAACUGUUCUGAGCCAACGCUUCAGAUGAAGCUUGAGCCAUAGGUCUGAUCAAAGAUGUUUACGGUUAUUAUCUCUGUUGUACAUACAGAAACCAAGUAGUGAUGAGUAACGGAGUGAAACAUAUUGGAAUUUUUAUGUUUACUAUCGUUUCUUCUUUGCUUGUGCAUCUGUUGAUUUCUUCUCAACCUAAAACAAAAACAAGGAAACUUCAUCAUAUUAAGUAUGUAUGUAAAAAAAUGACAAGAACUUUUCUCUGUACUAUUUACAGUUGUUAUGUAUUAUGAUUCCUCAGCUUGUAAGAAACUGGAAUAAAUUGGUUCACUUCUUUAUAUUC